CUCACGAGUCACUGUGAAGUGCUCUCUCUCUCUCUCUCUCUCUCUCUCUCUCUCUCUUGUUUCCUGAACGUCCUAUGUCUCUAUCAUCUCCAUACUCAAACCAGGAAGGAAAGAAAAAAAGUUAGAAUAAAUAAUAAAAAGUGGGGUUUCUGUUUAUUAAAAAUGUCCACUCACUGAGCAAACUAUUUAUUAGUCGGAUGGGUCUCUUCUUCUACACUAAAGAAACAAACCUCCCCCCCCACCCCCACCUCUUUCUCUCUGAAACUUCUUUGUUGUCAAGCGUCAUUUUCCCUCCUGAAACAAUGCACUGUCCAUCUCGGAAAAUUAUCGCCACAGCUACAGCACUGCUGCAGCUAUUCCAGUUUAUGGGGAUAGCAGCAUCUCUUUCUUUGUCUGAUAGGAUUACCGAGUUACCCGGACAGCCCCAAGUCAGUUUCCAGCAAUUUUCAGGCUAUGUUACUGUGGAUGACAAGAGACGGAGAGAUUUGUUUUACUACUUCGCUGAAGCAGAAAUAGAUCCUGCAUCGAAGCCUCUUGUUCUCUGGUUAAAUGGAGGGCCUGGUUGUUCUUCCCUUGGAGUUGGGGCAUUUUCUGAAAAUGGGCCUUUUAGACCAAGUGGGGAGGUUCUGGUCAGAAAUGAAUAUAGCUGGAACAGAGAAGCAAAUAUGCUAUAUUUAGAGACACCUGUAGGAGUCGGGUUCUCUUACUCGACUGAUACUUCCUCCUAUGUGGCCGUGGAUGACAAGAUAACAGCCAGGGACAAUCUCGUUUUCUUGCAGCGAUGGUUCCUCAAGUUCCCACAAUAUAAGCACAAGGACCUGUUUAUAACAGGGGAAAGCUAUGCAGGCCACUAUGUUCCACAACUUGCAGAGCUUAUAAUUCAAUUCAACAAGAAGGAGAAGCUGUUCAAUCUGAAAGGAAUUGCUCUGGGAAACCCAGUUCUAGAAUUUGCUACAGAUUUCAAUUCAAGAGCUGAAUUCUUCUGGUCUCAUGGGUUGAUAUCAGAUUCUACAUACAAACUCUUCACCUCUGCAUGUAACUAUUCUCGGUAUGUUGGUGAAUACUACAGGGGUUCCAUUUCCUCUGUCUGCUCAAGGGUGAUGAGCCGGGUGAGCAAAGAAACCAGUAGAUUUGUGGACAAGUAUGAUGUUACUCUUGACGUCUGCAUAUCUUCAGUGCUUUCGCAAUCCAAGGUGCUUAAUCCCCAGCAAGUUACCGAGAGGAUAGAUGUCUGUGUUGAGGAUGAAACAGUUAAUUACUUAAACAGGCGGGAUGUGCAGAAGGCUCUCCAUGCACGUCUUGUAGGAGUCCGCAGAUGGGCUGUUUGCAGCAAUAUCCUGGAUUAUGAGCUGCUUAAUCUGGAGAUACCUACCAUAUCUAUUGUAGGCUCACUUGUUAAGGCUGGAAUCCCCGUAUUGGUUUACAGCGGGGAUCAAGAUUCUGUUAUCCCAUUAACUGGUAGCCGAACUCUGGUACAUGAACUGGCAAUGGAGCUUGGGCUGAAUACUACGGUGCCUUACAGAGUUUGGUUUGCGGGGCAGCAGGUUGGUGGAUGGACACAAGAUUAUGGAAAUAUUCUCUCAUUUGCCACCAUUAGAGGUGCUUCACAUGAAGCUCCCUUCUCACAGCCGGAGAGAUCACUUGUUCUGUUCAAGUCCUUUCUUGAAGGCCGGCCUCUGCCUGAAGUGUUCUGAUCUAAUGAUAAGUUUCAUUUAGAGAAAAAGGAAAGAAAAGUUAGAAGUUGUAAGUAAUGUUUUUCAUGGUAUUCAAUAGUGAAGGAAUAAUAGUCAAUCUAGUGAAAGAAAGAAAUUGCAAUUUUUCUUUUUUGUCC